UGCACUAUUUGUUCUCUUACUCUGUUGUGGUCUUUCUUGCAAAAUGCUAUGCUACCAUCUAUGACCCAACCAUAACACUCAUAUCACUUCAUUUUCCUCCUUCCCAAAAUUUCCCCUUCUUUCCUUUCCCUUCUCUUUUCCUUCCAAAUCCCAUUUCUCCACAAGAAAAUUAUGCCCAAAACCACUUUCAAACACCUUCUUCACAGUUCAAUACCUCCCUAACCACUUCAUUCAUGAGAAGCUAAUCCCAAAAUCAGAACCCCUUUUGCAGAAAAGAAAGUUACAAUCUUUACUCCUAUUUUUCAGUAAUUCUUCCUAAACUUUUGUGAGGGAAAAAAAAAAGUGAAUAUGUCUGCUGCUGUUAGUGGGGUUCUCUUCCCCAUUCUAUUUCUUGCAUUCUUCUUUAUAACUUUCAAUGGAGCCAGAAUUUCCCAUGCAAAUGGGAUAGUGGAGGAGUUGAUAGGAAAUGGUAGUAUGGUGGCAGCAAAGCCUGAAAUGGUGCCACUAAUUGAGGAGAAGAAGAUGAUGAUGAUGAUGCUAAAUGAGAGUCGGAGGAAACUUGGGAGUUUUCAGAUUUGUGCACUUUGCACUUGCUGUGGUGGGGCCAAAGGCUACUGCUUACCCUCUCCUUGUUGCUAUGCUAUCAAUUGCAACAUACCAAACAGGCCCUUUGGUUUCUGUUCUUUUACUCCCAAAACCUGUAAUUGUUUUGGAUGCCACCUCUAACUCUAACAAUAAUAAUAACAAAUUUAGCGUUAUCUUUUAGGUGGGAUCUGAGAAGGGUAAUGUAUACGCAAAUUUUAUUCCUACCUUGUAACGUUAGAGAGUUAUUUCCGAUAGAUCCUCGGCUCAAAUCUAAAAUCAAUGUAUUUCUCUUAGGGGUCGUUUCGUAGGGUCUAUAAGAAUAGUGCGGAAUAAGGUGUAUUAGUAAUGCAUGGAUUAGUAAUGCAUGAGUUAGUAAUGCAAGCACUAGUUAUGUAGAUAUUAUUUCUUAUCUACUGUUUGGUGUGGUGUAUUAAAAUUAUAAUGUAUCGCAUAAUUUUUAAGAAAAAUAGUUGUUUACAAAAAUGCCCUCUAUAUUCUCUACCUUUAAGAGACUUUAA